AUGUUCGGCAUCUUAAUCACUCUGGCAGUCGGCAUUAGUGCUUCAGCUGAGCGCGACGGUUGCACCCUUGGCGACUUCAUCUGUCAAAUGUUCACUGGCUACAGCAGUGCUAUCUGCGAUCAUCCGAAUGGUGUUUGCUCGUCUCCUGAGGGUCCCUCAUUGACGCCCUGUGCAUGUGAGAACUGGUCUAUUGGGACGCUGCCGUCAGUUAGCCCACCUACUACUAUCGCUCCUACGACUCCGAUCGCACCUUCGAGUACCACCGCUGACGUAACGGUGGCGGAGGCAACUUUUCAGGAAGUCAUCACUGGCCAAGCGACGCAGGCCAUCACACCCACAACGACUGAGGAGGCUGUCUUUGCGACUACGGCCGAGGAGGCCGUCAGUGGCACUACGACGACUGAGGAGGCCGUCAGUGGCACUACGACGACUGAGGAGGCCGUCAGUGGCAGUACGACUGAGGAGGCCGUCAGUGGCACUACGACUAAGGAGGCCGUCAGUGGCACUACGACGACUGAGGAGGCCGUCAGUGGCACUACGACGACUGAGGAGCCCGUCAGUGGUACUACGACUGAGGAGGCCGUCAGUGGCACUACGACGACUGAGGAGGCCGUCAGUGGCACUACGACUGUCGAGUUUGUCGAGACUACUGAGGCGGUCGUUGGCACAACUGAAGCGGCCAAUUCAGCCGAGACAACUACCACAAUACCUGCCGCUGAGGGCGAUAGUGUAGAUGAUGAAGGUGACAUGCCUUACUGUGAUAACUACUGUAUCGGCUUGAAUAGUGGCAAGUCGUAUUGCAAGUCGUGGCUGUCUGUGCCCGUCUGCCAUGGUGGUGACCAAUCAUGUGAUACUUCUGUUUGUAUCCCGGACGAUACCCACUCCGUGGAAAGCUCCACUUGUGAUACGUACUGCGUCAAGCAAAACCCCGACCUUGCCGAGGAUGAGGUGUCCUACUGCAAGUGGUGGUUGGGUACUCCUACUUGCUUUAGUGGAGACCAGCCUUGCCCCCCAAGUGUAUGUGGUGCCGGCACUCCUGAUUAUUAA